UUCCGGAGAAAUAAGACACAUUUAGUUUCUCUCCCACAUUUAAAUCUCUCCGGCCUACCUUUUCACAUUUAAAAACAAAACAAGUCAUUGAAACACGACAAUGGACGGCCUGCAGAGGAGGGUGAUUCAGGAAGACAUGGUUCAGUACAAACUCUUCUGGAUGCAGACAGGCCGUGCAACUUCGGAACACAUCUCACAUCUAGUAGAGGAGAUUUUGGCGAAGGUUGCCUCACUCCUGAUGCAAUACAUCUGGCAGCAUCAGUCAUUCAACCUCAAGUAUCAUCCUGAGAAAGGUGGUGUACCUGCUCACAUUGGAGGUAGCACUCAGUUUGGGGACAAUGUGGAGGACGAGUGGUUUGUUGUUUAUCUCUUGCAACAAAUCACAGAGGCCUUCCCAGAGCUUGUAGCCAGUGUUGAGGACAACGAUGGAGAGUUUCUUCUGAUUGAAGCAGCAGAUUAUCUUCCCAAGUGGCUGAGUCCAGACACCAGUGAAAACAGGGUCUUCCUCUAUAGGGGAGAGUUACAUAUUCUGCCUUGUCCCUCCAAAUCCAGUCCAGUGGGGUUCUCUAAAGAUGUGGUUCCAAGUGUGGCACAGGCUAUAGUCCUGCUCUCCACCCACCCAGGGGACUGUCAGGCGAGCCCCAAGAUCUGUUCAGCCCUGAGGAAGCGAUUAGCUGGGUACCCAAAGAAGAUUGAAACUGGCCUCCAUCGUGCCCACUGCUUCAUACCUUCAGGUAUCGCCACGGUGUUGGCACAGCGACCAGACCUGGUCGCCCCUGCAGUGUCGGCGUUCUACCUGCGGGAUCCAGUAGAUCUGCAGGCGUGUCGCAGUUUCAAGACCUUCCCUCCUGACACAAGAGUCCUCGCCUCGGUGACAUUCACCCGUUGCCUGUACGCCCAGCUGCAGCAGCAACAGUUCUCUCCAGACAGAAGGAGCGGCUUCACCCUGCCUCCUCCCUCUCAUCCCCAGUACAAGUCCCAUGAGCUCGGCAUGAAACUGGCCCAUGGCUUUGAGAUCCUGUGCUCGAAGUGCAGGCUGCCAUCAUCAGAGCCCGAUGCCCCCGUCAGUUGUAACCCUCAGUGGAAAGGCUUCAUGGACAGUCUGAGAAGAAACAGCUACUUCCGGGAAGAACUGGAAGGUUCGGCUCAUUACAGGGAACUAACCAGAUCUGCGGAAAACUUCUUCAAACAGUGUGUCGCCUCAAAGUCAAGUGCUUUGUCCCCGGGGGAGGAGGUUCUCCAGCUGCUGCACAGAUGCAGUCCGAUCAACUUGGAGGAGCUGAAGAAACGAGAGUCACUGCUCCCCCAAGAGGACAGUGAAAGCUGGUUGGAUAUCACAACUCAGGAUUUGGAGCACAUGUUACAAGAGAGGAGUGGAGGGAGAGCUCAUGAUGGCAGCCAGAACUCACAGAAGGUCGGGGGUGCAGAGGAGAGGGGGAAGGAGACGGAGGAUGACAAGAAGGAAGAGGAGGCCGGUUUCAGCCUGGUAGCAGUCAGUCAAGGGAUGAAGAACUUCCUCAACGCCAUGUCGUCGCAUGAGGGUGCUGAACUUCCCUGGAGCAGUUCAGCUCAGCCUUUUAGUUUUGAGCCUGACUCCAUGGCCAACGCACUGGACAGACUACUAGUAGGAAGCAAAGAAGAAGAACUAGAUUCGGAUGAUCUUGAUGAUGAUGAUGAUGAAGAGGAAGAAGAUGGUGAUGAGGGCGAUGAGCAGGAGGAAGAGAAAGAAGGUCACACAGAGAUGAACGGGACAGAAUCUUUGAACGGUCUCAGGAUAUACAUGGACCAAAUGGAUCAGGAGCUGAUGAGCACUAAUAUAGGACAAAGCUUCAAUCAGACGAAUGGCAAUGGCUCCCCUCAUGCUUCUGCUCCUCUCCAUGGAGAGGAGGAGGAGCAGGGGGAGGAGACGGAGGAGGAGAUCCAGCCUCUGGACGUCGACCUGAAUCUGGUCGCAAACCUGCUGGAGUCUCUCAGCUGCCAGUCGGGUCUGGCCGGACCGGCUUCUAACCUGCUGCAGAGUCUUGGUAUCCACCUACCACCCAACUCCGACCGCUCAUAAAGGACCAGAGCCAGGGUGAGCGCCAGCAGUGGACGAGGCGUCCCUCAAAGCGGUUUGCCUUCAUUCACAUGGACAAUACAAGGCACUCAUGGAUGUCGAAGAUGUCCUGUAGAGCUUUUAUUGAAAACAAAUGGUUUUGUUUCUCACUUGGAGUGUGUGCGCUGCAAAACUGCAUUAUUUAUGAAUGAACAACCAGUUGUGUGCGUUUCCUACAUCAUAAAACAAGAGCAAAAAAAUAUUUUGUAUGUAGUUUACAGUUACAAUGUUUUAAGGAUGUAUGACUGCGACAUGUUCAUGGCAGCGUGAAAAUAUGUAUUCAUCUUCAGUUUUGGUUGGAGUAUAAAUUCCGAUUGUUUGUCGGUUUUGCAACGAAUCUUCACGUGGAGUUUUAAUUCACGUUCCUUAAUCGAACUUAGUCUCUGACAGUCUUGUUUACAGUUUAGUUGGAGAUUAAUUUGGGGAACCGAGCAUGCCAUUUAACCUACACGUCUCCAGUUCUAUACCAGAGGUGGGACUUGAGUUGCAUGUCAACCCUCUUUCAAUUUCCAGUCUCUCCUCAUCUUUGUGUCAUAAGAUAAAGAUGAAAAAUGCCUAAGAAAUCAAUGGUUAGUUUGUUUUUAACACGACUUAAACAAUAAAUAUUUUUGGAAAUAAAGUCA